UUGACUGAUACUUUUAAAUACUCAACUGAGUUGAGUGAGCAUAGAAAAGGAAACUGAGUUAGGUUGGAGUUAAAGAACUUACUGGUUAGUACUUGAAGUUUCCACUCCUUUUAUAAGAUUAAAAGUGUCAAGAAAAAGCCAAACCUGCAAUCUUACAGGGACUCAAACUGUGUUUUUAUCACAUGUGUAUAGUUAGGAUACAUUCGCACCAUAACAAACAUUCAAGAUGCUUUGAUGUGUGAAGUUAUCACUUCUUUGCUAAUAUGUGUCAAGUGACUCUUCUCCAACCUGCUCAUAAUGCAAAUAAGGUAAGUUACCAUUAACCAGUAUUUCUCAUGUUUUCUGGUGCCUGUACUUCACUUAAAUGUGUGGACAGUCUUUCGUUCCUCUCUGGCUUGAGCUCUGUACCACUUUUACCAAGUUUUCUAUCUUGUCUUCAUUUUCCUCUUGAUCCUGCAUCCUGCUUCUAUUCAAGGGCUGGUGCCUUGGCUUUUUUUCGCUUGCUGUAUUCCCAGCAGCAGUAGCUUUCCACUAACUGCUGGUGCUUUCCACUGAGAUUGGACUAAUGCAGUUCCAGCAGACAUGGUCGACUCUGUCAAAGACCCUCGGGGGUCUCUGGGCACUGUGCUCCCAGAUUACUGUGUAAAAGCACUUAAGCUACUUCUGCACUGAACUGACAGAAUCCUGGUGUUAUUUAUUAGUCUGGUCUCUGAGCUUGGUCUUGCCUGUGAUGAGGUGUCUCCUGCUAAUGCCUUGUUGGAACCUGCAUGUCUUAUAAACUGCUGACUUAAACCACCUUUAUGGAGGCAAAGCAAGUAUAACUUAAUUUGGACAAUUACAGGCUAAUAAUUUUUUUUUUUUUUGCCAGCAUGAUCUGUUUCACACAUUGUUGAGCUCUUAAUUGACUGUAACCACUUAGUAAAAGAUCCUUGCUGUCAGUCUGAAUAAGUCAAGGAAACUCUUGAAUAUUAAUCCGUGGUCACAAACCACAUGACAGAAUAAUACAGAAUUCCUAUAGUGUUAUGAUAUUUCCAGAAAGGUGGCUGUUUGUGGUUCACAUCUAAGUGGAGGAAUUUUUUUGAAUGUUUGAAUAUAGAGAGCCUGGGAAAACUGAUUCGUGAGAAGAAAUGAAAAGAGUUUUUGUUUAGUAUGCUUCACAAUUUUACAUCAUCUACCAUUUAAGCUGACAUGCUUAAACUUUUUCAUGGGGAAGAGAUGAGAGGAAAUUUUGUGGAACUGAAAGGAACAAUAGCCAUAAAACUACUACAUUAUUUUUACAUUCAGAAAUGAAUGCUAAUAUUGAGACUGAAGACUGCAAUGAAAUGGAAGAGUUAGAUUACUAACACUUGGCAAAUUUCUAAGGCAAGAAUUCCCCCUCAGGUAGGUAGGUGGGAGGUAGGUGCUUAAAAUCUGCAGCAUCCAGAUGCUAGAUCCAGAGGAAUGCAGCUGCUUCUUGGUCACCUCAGAGGAGGUUGUGACUUCUGUCCUGAGCUCAGUGCUACAGGCAGCAGCCGCAGCCACUCAUCUUCAAAACCAAACCUGUAGGAGCCACAGGGCAUGAGGGCAGCACCUACAUCUUGCACAGCUGCCUGUUUGCUGGGCAAGUUGCCAACCCACGAUUUAGGCCCUAAGGCAGCUCUAGGAAGGUUUUGAGAAAUAUUUCCAAACUCUUCCCCUCCUCCCACAGUCAAGAAAUGAGGUUGGGGUCAAUCAAAACCAGAGUAUUUUAGCCUCAGAAAUGUUAGUGGCAAAGGCAUCUUGGUUCCAGAUCCAGUUACUUGGCCAUUUACGUUGAAGUUGGAGCUUCAAGUCCUUCUGUCAGAGUUGCUUGUAUGAAAUGUAUAAACUGGUUAUGGGAUAAUUAUGGAAGUAAGUCAUAUAUAGAGGAGACAGUCGGGUGAUAAAAGCAUUUUCACUGUCAUUAUGUUUUGAAUUCAAGAUAAACCUAAUCUGAUUUCUCAGGUUUCCCAGGGGAAAAUUCAAGGCAUUAUUGAACUGUUGUGUGAUAAGACAGCUAAUGCUGUGGAUGACUGUUUCCUUUGUUUCAAAGAUUACAUGGAGGCUUUUCAGAAGUGGAGAGCUUGUUACCUUCCUGAAUUCUGCAAACAUGUGAGAAGCCAGGACUAUGAUAGCCCUUGGACUUGGCAUUGCAACUGUUGCAUUUGCAGGUCGUUAUGCUUUCCGCGUUUGGAAACCAUUGGAGCAGACAAUUACAGAGGCAGCAAAAAGCAUUUCAACUUCUAGUCUUUCAUCGUACUAUAAAGGAGGAUUUGAACAGAAAAUGAGUAGGCGAGAAGCAAGUCUUAUUUUAGGUGUAAGUCCAUCUGCUGGCAAGGACAAAAUCAGAGCAGCACAUAGGAAAAUCAUGAUUUUGAAUCAUCCUGAUAAAGGUGGAUCACCUUACUUAGCAACAAAAAUAAAUGAAGCAAAAGACUUGUUGGAAUCCAGUGCCAAAAACUGAAAGCUGAAGCCUUGGGCCAUAGAAGAUUCAGCAGAUACAUUGUGCAAUAACUUUCAUGUCUGCUUGCUCUGCACAGUUUCUUAACAUUGAUUUCUCAUAUUUAUUGUCAUAAUUAAAGUGCUAAGAUUAUUUAAAAGCAAACUGAAAUAUUUUACGGUUGCAUAAAGUUACGUACAGUUAUGCCCCUACAAGGAGCAGGGAGUUGAAAUGAUGAUCCUUAUGGGCUCCUUCCAACUCAAGACAUUCUAUGAUUCUGUCCCAGUUUUAGUGUAUUCUUACUGAAUUAUAAUCCCUUACAAGCUUUGGAUAAGUUCUUUAGCCCGUAGGGUUUUUUUCAGAAGUAUUUGUUUGUUUCUUUUGUUAAAUUUUGGAUCUUUUAAAAUAAAAAUUUAAAAACAUUCUUUAAUAUAGGGUUGUUUCUUUACUAAUGAAGAAACAACCCUAUCUUUAGGGUCACCAUAAAAUCUGUGACAGUGCAUUGAGUCACAGGAAAUAUGACAGACCCCAUUUGGCAAGUUUUCAGCACCAGUUUACGCUUGAAUCUGUUAAUUUGUGAAGUAGAAGAGUUUGUUCAUGGGUGCAGUUUGAGAGCUGCAACUCAGGACAGAAUGACUGACGGUACUACAGACUGCAGCUUCCACUAGGUGUGUUUAUGGGACUUGGAGCUAUGAAGAAGAAUUCUUGGCUUUGGUUACGUUUUUUUUGUAUGGUUAUGUUUUUUAAAGGAUCUCUUGAAUUGUCAAGUAUUAAUCUAGACAUGCUUUUACUUCAAGUCACAGAGUAUGUUUAAUCUCCAGCACUUGGGAUAAACAUUGGGUUUUCUGCAAGGGUUUUCAAGGCAAUGGGAUUGAAGAAGGUAGGUCCAUAUGGCAUGGUUUAGAUGGAUUUUCCAGGCUGCUGCAUGUCUAGGUUAGCCCGGUUGUGUGAGCCUGGUGUAGAACUGAUACAGCAGGGAGCAAACAGGAGAAUGCAUACUUUGCACAUGGCUCCAGGAACACUUCCUGGGUUAGUUCUCCAGUAAUUCUCAUGUUUCUGCAUUAUGCUUCAUAGCCCAGAGCAUGCAUACCUUCUUCCUUAUGUAGCAUCCUAGCAAUCUAGUGCUGGCUUUGGGGAAUCCUGAAGUCUUGGAUCUCACUUUGGAGAGAACAAGAUUUAAUUGACAGCUCAGGGUAGGUGCUAUUUGGGGCACUUGGCUGCUGCAGAUUACUACCAGUAAGUUGUCUGUAGUUGAAUUAAAUUUCCUAAGCAUAGACAGUCUAGUGUAUUUAGUGCAAGACUGAAAAAACUUCUAGUGUCCAUUCAGACACUGUCAUUAGAAGUACAACAAAUAGCUUACUGAAGUGCUACAAAUGCAAAAUUAGAUACUCCAUUUUCUAGGUUAUUUAGCCAGAGGAAGUGGCUAAGAGCAGUUAAUAUGAGGUUGGAUGCUUUAAUUAUUCACCAGAACAUGCAUUUGUAGUUCAUCCAGUGGUGGGUGCAUAUUAUGUGGAUUUUUCCUUGAAAGGAAGAAAAAGUACAAAUUAUUUUUUUAUCAGGUCCUUCCCACUUUGUCAUAAUUCCCUUACUUUCAUCAAAGGGAGAUGAAAAAUUUUAAGUUGACCCUAAAAGAAAAUACUAAUUCUAAGUACUUUAGAGACUUUGUUGCAAUUAGAGUGGCAAAACAUAUGGCACAAUUUCACUGGAUAAAGCAAAAAAGACCCCCAGGAGAAACUUGCCUGGGAAUAGCAUAUGCUAUGCCAAUACUGCAGUUGCAUCAUAUCACUAGUGCUCUAAUACAAGAAACUUGAAUGAAAAUAGUUUAUUCCUAUGCAUGUUUAGGGCUGGUAAUUCUUUUCACUGGUAUAUCAAUGUGUGUUGGCGAAAAAUAGAACUGUGACAGUUUUCAUUUUGGGAGGAGACAAGUGAAAUAGUGGUGUUCCUAAUUUUCUGAAGUGGAAUCUGUAAGGGAUAUGAAUCAUUGUGCAAAAUCAAAAUUGAUGUGAAUGGUAGGUGGCAAAAGCAUUCUGCUGAAUGAGUUUGAACUGACUAGCUGUUGUUUUCAUAUAGCUACCUUUUUAUUCCUGAGUAAAAUGAGUUGCAGAGAACUGUUCUAAAGUAUCAGUUAAAACAAAUGCAUUAAAGAUGGCUCCUUGCUCUGUUCUUAAAAAUUAAUUUUUCUCAUGUCUUUGUAAGAAGUAGAGGGUUUGUCUUUUUCUGUGAGAUUCUGUUGUUGAUAAUUUCCUUCCUGAUAUAAUUAUUUAUAUCUGAUUAUUUUGGAUGAAACACUUUUUUUCUGCCUUUCAGUUAUGAGAGAGGUUGUCCUUAAAAAGAAGAAAUAAAACAGAGUUGUCAUUCUGGUUUCUGCUUUUUUUUUUUUUUUCAGAGCAGACUAUUGACUAGUUAACAAAUUUUAUAAAUUAACAAAUUAAAAAAUUCAGCAGAUUAACUGGCUCAUCCUAUCUCUGGAAAAUGCUGUAAAAUGAAUGAUGCUAAUGAGGAGCAGUUGUGAAAACAUCACACAUACAAUAGCAUUUUUUUUCUUGUCUGUUUUCUUGCAUAGCUUGCUUUACCUACUAAGUGAUGUUUAGAAGGAUGAAUGUAGGACAGGGAAAGGCUAAUCAUAGAAGUGCUGUUCAAUUUGUUGUUGCUGAUAGUCAACAUGGCAGGCUGAGGAAUGUCUUUGGAGACUGCCUUGCAAAACAGCACCUGGAUUCAUGCUCAACUGGGCUAGGAAG